GAAAAUUCCGGGAGCAGAACAACAAGAGGGCCAACGAUUCACCUCUCCAAAAUCCAAGAAAAUUGAGUUCUUGCAUGAAACUCUGUAAAAUCCUUCCUGGGUGAUUCUUUGGUAGGCUGCUUGCGGCAGUUUGGAAGAGUUGAAAAUGGAGAUUGGUGGUGAAAUAUAUAGAACGAGCAGUGCACGUAGCAGUACUCGUGUAAACAGCUCAAACAUAUGGAGGAACGAUCCAGUGGAGUUUUUCUCGCAGUCGUCGCACAGAGAAGACGAUGAAGGAGCACUAAUUCAAUGGGCUGCUAUUGAGAAGCUUCCUACGUAUCGACGGAUAACCCGAGGGAUACUGAAGGAUGAAGAGGGUCCGCCUAGAGAAAUUGACAUCAAGAAUCUCGGGUUUUUUGAGAAAAGGAAUCUGGUGGAGAGACUUUUGAAGAUAGCCGAGGAAGAUAAUGAGAAGUUCUUGUUGAAGCUCAAGAAGCGCAUUGACAGGGUUGGACUAGAACUUCCAACUAUACAAGUCCGGUUUGAGCAUCUGAAUGUUCAUGCAGAAGCUCAUGUUGGCAGUAGAGCACUGCCUACAUUAAUCAAUUUCACUGUCAACUUCGUAGAGGGGUUUUUGAAUAACCUCCAUAUUCUUCCAAGUAGAAAGAAGCCAAUGCAAAUCCUUCGUGAUGUCAGUGGAAUAAUCAAGCCUGGAAGAAUGACAUUGCUUUUAGGUCCACCAAGCUCCGGAAAAUCCACAUUGCUGCUAGCUUUGGCCGGAAAACUCGAUACAGAUCUAAAAGUUUCGGGAAGAGUCACAUACAACGGCCACGGAAUGGAUGAGUUUGUUCCACAGAGGACUUCUGCUUAUAUAAGUCAAUAUGACCUUCAUAUGGGAGAAUUGACAGUGAGAGAAACAUUAGCAUUCUCCGCUAGAUGCCAAGGGGUUGGAACUCUUUAUGAAAUGUUGGCGGAACUAUCAAGGAGAGAAAAACAAGCAAACAUAAAGCCUGAUCCUGAUAUUGAUAUUUUCAUGAAGGCUGCAUCAUUAGAAGGGCAAGAGGCCAGUGUUGUGACAGAUUAUAUUCUUAAGAUACUGGAUCUGGAAAUAUGUGCAGAUGCCUUGGUGGGUGAUGAAAUGCGGAGAGGUAUUUCUGGUGGACAAAAAAAACGAGUCACAACAGGAGAGAUGUUGGUUGGACCAGCUAGAGCACUCUUCAUGGAUGAGAUAUCGACUGGCUUGGACAGCUCUACAACUUUCCAGAUUGUGAAUUCAAUCAGGCAGUCCAUCCACAUACUUCAAGGAACUUCUGUUAUCUCUCUCCUCCAGCCGGCACCAGAAACUUACGACCUGUUCGAUGACAUAAUUCUGCUCUCUGAUGGGCAAAUUGUGUAUCAAGGCCCCCGUGAAUGCGUGCUUGAAUUCUUUGAACACAUGGGAUUUAAGUGCCCUGAGAGGAAAGGAGUUGCCGACUUCUUACAAGAGGUGACAUCAAGGAAAGAUCAAAAGCAAUACUGGGCAAAAAAAGAUGAGCCUUACAGUUACGUUCAGGUGGAGGAAUUUGCAGAAGCAUUUAAGUCGUUCCAUGUUGGCCAGAAAUUGGGUGACAAACUUGCUGUUCCAUUUGACAAAUCUAAGUGCCACCCUGCUGCUUUAACAACCAAGAAAUACGGUAUCAGCAAAAAGGAACUCCUGAAAGCUUGCACGUCAAGAGAAUACUUACUAAUGAAGAGAAACUCUUUCAUCUACAUAUUCAAGUUGACUCAACUUAUGCUUAUGGCAUUCAUAACAAUGACUCUAUUUCUACGAACUGAGAUGCCUAAGAAAACACUAGAAGAUGGAGGGAUUUUCAUGGGUGCCUUGUUCUUCACCCUCAUUAUGAUUAUGUUCAAUGGGUACUCAGAAAUUGCACUGAGCAUCAUGAAACUUCCUGUCUUCUACAAGCAAAGGGACUUCCUCUUCUUUCCUGCUUGGGCAUACACUUUACCCACAUGGUUCCUCAAGAUCCCAGUUACAAUUGUAGAAGUUGGUGCAUGGGUUUUCGUAACUUAUUAUGUUAUAGGCUUUGAGCCAGAUGCUGGACGGCUUUUCAGGCAAUUCUUGCUGCUCGUGUGCGUUAACCAAAUGUCUUCUGCACUGUUCCGAUUCGUGGGGGGAAUAGGAAGGAACAUUAUUGUGGCAAACACAUUCGGGUCAUUUGCAUUGCUUACAGUUCUUGUGUUGGGUGGAUUUGUCCUGUCACGAGAAAAUAUAAAAAAAUGGUGGAUAUGGGGUUAUUGGAUGUCACCUAUGACGUACGGGCAAAAUGCUUUAGCAGUGAAUGAAUUUCUUGGGAAGAGUUGGGGACAAAUCCCUGCUGAUUCAACAGAGACACUAGGAGUACAAGUCUUGAAGUCCAAAGGAAUUUUCCCUGAAGCACAUUGGUAUUGGCUUGGACUAGGAGCUACACUCGCUUUUUUUGUCGCAUUCCAAUUUCUUUACACUCUGGCUCUCACUUAUCUCAACCCCUUUGGCAAGCCUCAAGCGAUUCUAACUGAAGAAGACUUGACCGAGAGAAUUGAUGUAAAGACAGGAGAGUUAGUUGAGUUAUCAUCAAGCGGAGAUAUCACUUCUAAUGAAAAGGGAAGUGAAGUACGAAGAAGUGUAUCAUCUUCGUCAACGGCACCAAGUGUGGGAAGCAUUACUGAUGCCGGCCAAAACAGAAAGCGUGGAAUGGUUCUACCUUUUGAACCUCUUUCCAUCGCUUUCGAUGAGAUCAAAUAUUCAGUUGAUAUGCCACAGGAAAUGAAAGAUCAAGGCAUACCUGAUGACCGGUUAGAACUUCUGAAAGGAGUAAGCGGUGCUUUUAGACCAGGAGUCCUUACAGCUCUCAUGGGUGUUAGUGGGGCCGGUAAGACCACCUUGAUGGAUGUGUUGGCUGGUAGAAAAACUGGAGGGUAUAUCGAAGGAAGAAUCACAAUAUCUGGAUACCCAAAGAAGCAAGAAACAUUUGCUCGCAUAUCAGGAUACUGCGAACAAACUGAUAUUCACUCUCCUCAUGUUACGGUGUAUGAGGCAUUACAAUAUUCUGCAUGGCUUCGGUUGCCUGCUAAAGUCAACUCUGCAGCCAAAAAGAUGUUUGUUGAUGAGGUCAUGGAGCUUGUGGAGUUAACCCCAUUAAAGGGAGCACUCGUUGGGUUGCCUGGGGUGAAUGGCCUUUCAACUGAACAACGCAAGAGGCUUACCAUUGCAGUUGAGCUUGUAGCCAAUCCAUCAAUAAUAUUCAUGGAUGAACCAACAUCAGGACUUGAUGCCAGGGCUGCGGCAAUAGUGAUGAGAACAGUGAGGAACACAGUAGACACAGGACGAACCGUGGUGUGCACCAUCCAUCAGCCAAGCAUCGACAUAUUCGAUGCAUUUGAUGAGCUGGUUCUUUUGAAAAGAGGAGGAAAAGAAAUAUACGUCGGGCCGUUGGGCCGCCUUUCUGUCCAUCUCAUCGCAUACUUCGAGGGGAUCAAUGGAGUUAGUAAGAUUAAAGAUGGUUAUAAUCCUGCAACUUGGAUGUUAGAGGUAACUUCAUCUGCAUCAGAAACAGCUCUUGGGGUUGACUUUACGAGCGUGUACAAGAACUCAGAACUAUACAGGAGAAACAAAGAUCUGAUCAAGGAACUGAGCGUACCAACUCCAGGAUCAAAAGACAUACGCUUUACCACGAAAUACUCGCAGCCUUUCUUCACGCAAUGCAUGGCUUGCCUAUGGAAACAGCAUUGGUCAUAUUGGCGAAACCCUCCGUACUGCGCAGUGAGAUUAUUGUUUACCACUUUCAUAGCUCUAAUGUUUGGAACGAUAUUUUGGGAUCUUGGUUCAAAAAGGGAUACAAGGCAGGACUUAUUUAAUGCAAUGGGUUCUAUGUUUGCUGCUGUACUUUUUAUUGGUAUACAAAAUGCGACAUCAGUGCAGCCAGUGGUUGGGAUAGAGAGAACAGUCUUUUAUCGCGAAAGAGCGGCUGGCAUGUACUCAGCUUUGCCAUAUGCCUUUGGACAGGUUGUAAUUGAGAUUCCCUACAUCUUUGUUCAAACGGUCAUAUAUGGAGUCAUAGUAUAUGCGAUGAUUGGAUUCGAAUGGACUGCUGCCAAGUUCCUUUGGUACAUAUUCUUCAUGUACUUCACCUUGUUAUAUUACACCUUCUAUGGAAUGAUGACAGUGGCAGUUACUCCCAAUCACCACAUUGCUAGCAUAGUUUCAUCUGCCUUCUACAUGAUAUGGAUGCUUUUCUCAGGAUUUAUCAUCCCAUCGCCAAGGAUGCCAGGGUGGUGGAAAUGGUACACUUACAUGUGCCCGGUCUCUUGGACCAUAUACGGGUUGGUUGCUUCACAGUUCGGAGACUUAAACGACCAGAUUGAAACGGGGGAAACUAUGAAGGAUUUUAUUGAUAAUUACUUUGGAUUUGAACAUGACUUUUUGGGAUUUGUCGCGCUCAUUAUUGCUGGAUUUGUGGUGCUCUUUGGGUUCAUCUUUGCCUUUUCAAUCAGGGCAUUCAACUUCCAGAAAAGAUAGCGGAGCUACACCCACCAAGGUCAAACGGGAAGCUAGGUCGAGACAAAGAGAAUCAGAAUUAUGCCGGUGGAUUGGUCUGUGUAUUGAGUAUAAGAGUUACCAUCUAUAUAUAUAUAUAUAUAUAUAAUUUAUCAUUUUUUUCAAAUUCUCAGUUUACAAUGCUAAUUUCAUAAGAAUCAUAUUCAUUGUAAUAAAUUUAUCAUGUUUCCAAUUUACAGUGUACUAAAUUUGCCAUGUUCACUAUAUGUUCCGGGUAACCAUGAAAUAUUCAUUGUAAUAAAUUUAUCGUGUUUUCAA